GGGCGAGCGGAGAGGUGAAGCUGAUAGUCGAAAAAACGACUGACUACCCUUCGGCUGAGUACUCCCUGGUGGAGGAUGUAGCCCUCCACUUCACGUGUUUGAUGGACAGACUGAACGAGCAGCGCCUCUUUCAACCGGACCUGUGCGACGUGGACAUCGUGCUGGUGCAGCACAAGAGCAUCUUCCCAGCGCACAAGGGGGUCCUGGCGGCCUACAGCCAGUUCUUCCACUCCCUCUUCACCCAAAACAAGCAGCUGCAGCGCGUGGAGCUCUCGCUGGAGGCCCUCACCUCGCAGGGCCUCCAGCAGAUCCUCAACUUCAUCUACACCUCCAAGCUCCUCGUCAACUCCUGCAAUGUGCAGGACGUGUUGAACGCGGCCGCCGUGCUGCAGAUGAACAACAUCGCCUCCUCCUGCCAGGACCUCCUCGACACCCGCUCGCUCAGCCUGGCCACCGACAUGGCCCUGCCCGCUGAGGGCUGCGCCGGACCCCCACCUUACUACUGCGAGAUCAAGCAGGAGGUGGACGCCCCCCAUCCCAAGAUCUAUGCCCGGGAGGGCAACGACCCCUACUCGGUGCGGGUGGAGGACGGAGCAGGUGGUGGGACGGUCCCUCCUGGUCCAGCCAAGCAGUACUACAAGGAGGAGAAGGAUGGUGGUCCGGGUGCCGUCUGUAAGAUGGAAGGCGAAGAGUCCGAGGAGGACCUGGACAGCCAAGGCUCGUUCAACCGGGAGCAGAUCAUCGUGGAGGUGAACCUCAACAACCAAACCCUCAAUGUCUCCAAGGGCAUGGAGGGGAAGGCAGCCGCCAGUGAGGCAGCGGUGAUGGGGCGGCCUGAUGGCGAUGGGCAUGACACAGAGGAGGAUGGGGAGGAGGAGAACGAGGAAGGAGAGGAGGAGGAGGAAGAGGAGGAGGAUGCGGAGGUCGGUGAGGAGGAAGAGGAGGAGCACAGUGAGGAGGAAGACCUGGAGGAGACGACGGAAGAAGAGGAGGAUGAUGAUGAUGAUGAAGAUGCGUCAGAGGUGAAAAGGGAAAAGGGACAGCCCCGUAGAGGCAGCCGGGCGUCCAAAGCCACCAAACCUACCAUGGCAACAAGGUCCCAAGAGAUGGCCAAGGUGGAAGAGGAGGAGGAGGAGGAAGAAGAAGGCCAACGAGGGAGGAAGAGGAAAAAAGAACAGGACGGUUUGGGCCAGAAGGUGAAGCUGGAGGAGAAGCAGCACUACCCAUGCAAGAAGUGCCCCCGGGUCUUCAACAAUCGCUGGUACCUGGAGAAGCACAUGAAUGUCACGCACAGCCGCAUGCAGAUCUGCGACAAGUGCGGCAAACGCUUCCUGCUGGAGAGUGAGCUGCUGCUGCACCACCAGACCGACUGCGAGAAGAACAUCCAGUGUGUCACGUGCGGGAAGGGGUUCAAGAAGCUCUGGUCCCUCCACGAGCACAACAAGAUCGUCCAUGGCUACGCCGAGAAGAAGUUCUCCUGUGAGAUCUGUGAGAAGAAGUUCUACACCAUGGCCCACGUGCGCAAACACAUGGUUGCUCACACCAAGGACAUGCCAUUCACCUGCGAGACCUGCGGGAAGUCCUUCAAGCGCAGCAUGUCCCUCAAGGUCCAUUCACUCCAGCACUCUGGGGAAAAGCCUUUUAAAUGCGAGAACUGCAACGAGCGCUUCCAGUACAAGUACCAGCUGCGCUCCCACAUGAGCAUCCACAUCGGCCACAAGCAGUUCAUGUGCCAGUGGUGUGGCAAGGACUUCAACAUGAAGCAGUACUUCGACGAGCACAUGAAGACGCACACGGGCGAGAAGCCCUACAUCUGUGAGAUCUGUGGGAAGAGCUUCACCAGCCGCCCCAACAUGAAGCGGCAUCGCCGGACCCACACGGGCGAGAAGCCCUACCCCUGCGACGUCUGCGGCCAACGCUUCCGCUUCUCCAACAUGCUCAAAGCCCACAAGGAGAAAUGUUUCCGCGUCAGCAACCCCUUGGCUUCGGACACGGCCGCCCCACAACCCACCGCCAGCCCGGCCCCGCUGCCCCCCGGCCCCGGCAUCUCCCCUCUGCCGUUGCUUCAUCCCCUUCCACAGACCCUCCCUCCUCCUCCUCACCUACCGCCGCCCCCUCCCCUGUUUCCUGCAGGGAGGAUAAAUUCGAACAACAAUUAGGUGCCCCCCAACCCCGGCCACGCGCCUGCACGGACCGCUCUGCCCUUCGGGAUCGCCUCCCCCCCGAGGAGCCAAGGCUUCGCUUGCUCUCUACCCCCCUCCCCCCACCUUCCUCCUCGUUUUUGGGGUUGUUUUGGGUGCUUUUUUUCCUUUUCCCCCACCCCUCAUUCUUGGCGGAGAGAGGGAGCAGGAGGGAGCCCCCUCCCCGAGGAGCGUGGAUGUUGGCCUUGGGGAGGGGGAAACUGCUGUCCGUCCGGAAGGGUUUAGGUAAAAGGUGUUGCUCUCUGGUUCCAUCUUCCCGCCCAUCACCUUCAUCUUCAUGCCAGGAUCCUGGCAGGGCUUGGAGGACCAGGAUGCCACCCCGUCUGGGGUUGAGCUCGCCGGCGUCGCGUGCCCGGAUGGACGCCUGCUGGCCCUUCAAUAUUUAUAAUCGGCCGAAAUCUAGCCAGUGGUGCUUGAAUCCCUGUACUGUAAAGCUGGUCUUUCCAUUCAGGCUCUCUUUUUUGGUUUUUUCCCCAAGAGGUUGAGAGGUGGGCACCACGGAGGAGCCCCCGCUGGUCCCGUCUGCCGGCCCUGGUGGCCCGCGGCGAGCGAGCAGAUGUCCCCGUUGGAAAGCCCAUCAGCCCGCUCUCGUUAGCAGCCCUCGCCGUGUCUUCCUUCCCCCUGACAGGUUUUCCUCCUCCAUAGGUGAAAGCACAAACGCCGGCGGCGUCGCGUCUCGGGGGCAUCAGCAGCCCCAGUGCCGGUUCAUUUUUGGGGUGGGCUAAGGGAGCCGGGCUCUGUUGUGCCCUUUCUGCUAAUCCCAGCAGGAACUGGGCUCCUGUGGAUGCUCUGGAGAUGGUGAGGUGUCCCUGGGAGAGCUGAGGUGGCCUUGGGACCGGUGGGAAGGUGACUCUGUGGCAACUCCAGGUGGAGGAGCGGGACACCGCUGUUUCUUGGCAGAAUCAGCCCAGAAUAGUGCCUUAACAAUUCGAAUAAACCCUUGACUGAUGGGUGAGCUCCAGGUUGGGUCCCGUUGCAAGGUCUAGAGCUAAAGCAAGACCCAUGUUCAGCCUGAUGACAAUGUCCCAUCCUCCAGCUCGUUGCCCACGUUGCUCUCCCAACCUUUCCUCAUGGGGUUGGCUGUGCCCUGGCCUGGGGGGGGACCAGUGAGGGCUGUGGUUGGUUUGGUGAUGCCCCAUAGUGUUUGUUGGUGCUUCUCUGACCGUGUUGUGCUUGUUGAAGUUGAGCUGGUCUUUGGCUUCAGUUACUCAAGCUGGCUUCAUGCCAAGGAAGGAGAAGAGGAAGGCUUGGCUGUUACUUUCUUGGUGGACACUGGGGUCCAAGCUGGGUCUCUCGCUGCUGUGCUCUGAGCCGGGGUGUCGGUGCAUUGGUCUGCCCAUGACUGUGUGGUCUCCUUGGCCAGCGAGGUGUCCCCUUUGGGGUCAGGGAGAAAUGGGAGUGCUUCAGGGGCUGCAGAGCAUCCAGCAUGGGCAGAGAGAUGCCAGCCAAGAGAUGGGGUGCCUUGCAGCUGGUGCCUUGCUCCCAAGGCCAGUGCUGUGGAUGCGUGGAGACGUGGGUCAGGUCAUAAAGGUGGUGAGCAGGGUGUUGGGAGUGAGAGAGGACAUUGAGUGGGGUGCUGGAGUCAGAGCCACGUCUGGCUCUGCAAGAAGUCUUGGUGCUUCAUCUCCUGGACCAAAUCAGCCAAGCACUUGGGCAGUGUUUAGGCUGUCCCUGCGGAGCCAGGAGAAUUUAGCCACAUGCUCAGGGGGUUUGCUGCCCAUGGACAUGCCGGGGGUGUUAUCCUGAUAGGGACAGGACAGGAGAGCACCUGCUGUUCUCCUGAGUGCUGCUUGAGGUGACGGGUUCGGCGACUGGUGUCCCCUCCUGCUGAGUGGUGCCUCCCCAUGCCUGACGUCUCUUGUGGAUGUUAGCAUGAUGGUGCAACAAAUUGCUUUUCAUCCCCGUGUUGGCUGGGAUCCUGUGGACCCCCAGCACCACAGUCAGUACCAGUGAUCUCACUCUCAUCUCCAUCUGGUUUGAGCAAAGGGAGGAUGCUAUGGCAGAGCUGUCUCGCCAUAUUGACCUUCUCAGAGGGUACCAAAGGCUUUUCUGCUCUCCUUCCUCCAUGACCCGGGGGCUUAUUGGGAUGGCACAAAGUCUUCUCAAAUACACACCUGUGAGGGUUGUGGGCACUCAGCUCUAGGGCCCAUUGGCUUUCUGAAGGGACCAUGACCCAGACUGGAAGACGAUUGCUUUAGAGAAGCUUUCAGUGACACCCUUUGAGGUAUUAGAGGGCCUUAGUAGAGUAGUCCAUGCUGUCUCCUCCUCUGCUGCCUCCCAGACCCACCCCUCGGGCUCCCUUACAUUUCGUUCACCUCACACAGCCUUGACAUGGGAUGGGAGUACUGCACCCUGAGGAGGACUCACCUUGCCUGUAGGAUCUUCUGUGAUGGAGUCUAUCAGCCUGCCUGGCUGUUAGACUUCUCCCCCCAAGCAAACCCCAACAGCGACAUGUGCUCCCUUCUGCCUGGAGGUGGUUUUCCCUGUCCCAGUCCCAGUUUGUUCUCUUCUGGUGAGGACCUGUCCCGCUUGGACGUCACUGUGAGAUGAGAGCUCCUUGUUGAGGCUAGAAGCCCGGCAGAAAGCCCAGCGACUGAUCCCAGCUGCGUCCGAUCCCCUUCGAGAGCCUGCCCAGAGAGCCACUUGGAGACGUUGAGAUGUGACCAUGCACACAGCACUUUGGAGAACCAGAUCCCUGCUGCUCCCUCCCCUCUCCAAGGCCUGGGCACUUCCCAGGAGUCCUACAUGGCCUCCGAGCCCUUUUGUCUACACCCUUACUCGGCCCCAGUGUGUCUUUUCAUGUCUGGUUUUCGUUAAUGUACUAAAAGCUCAAACGAGUCACUCCUGCAGUGUCUCGUCCCACAUCCAUCCCGGUCAGCCCUGUUGGCACCUGUUGGGUUAGACGGGCGGGAGGCUGGGGAGUUGGGUCCGUUGUUUUCAAGCUUUUUAUAUUUUAUUUUAAUUUUUUUUUUUGUUCGGUUGGUUUUGUUUUGUUUUGUUUAACUCUUGCACCUUAAUCUCUCUCAUCCCUUCUUCGACAGACCGCGAGGGUGGAGAGGGGCUUGAUUUCCAUUAUGCAGUCCAUCAAUACGCCGCGACGCAACGUUCAGCUGACAAUGCCCACACGCCUCACCCCAGACCUCUCCGGGUUUGAUUUUAUUUUUUUGUUUGUUUUUUUUUCCCCUUCAAUGGAACUCUGGGGAGGGAGGGAUCCAGGUGGGGAGGGUCGUUUUUGGUUUCUAUAUCCCAGGAGCCUGGUAGCACACACCAGUUAGCCUCAUAAUGUCUAUGAGGCACGGCUGGCCCUUCGGACCACAGCCAUAACCCCAACGCGGUGGGAAGGUGAUGAUGGAUGGAUGGAUGGAUGGACGGCCGGCGGGUGGGAACGGCUGUGACAGUGCAAUAGAGACGAGCAUCCGCUGCUAGACAACUCCGUUGAUGAAACUCUUGGUUUGCCUGAAGUCGAGAGGGAAGGACUGAUGGACAAGACACCCUUUUGUUCACACGGAGGGAGAGAGCUUCCCCACACGCAGCCCUGCCCGGUGACAUGCAACCACGACGGGAGUUGGGUCGAACUCGUGAAGGAAGAAAAUAAUAAUAAUAAUAGAAAAAAAAAAAAAAAAAGGAGUAAGAACAACCUCAGUAGCAUGGAACUUGAAGGAAAUGAGUGAAGCUCCAAGCACUUGCCUCAAAACUAGUUUCUCAUGCCUGGUGUUCGGCUCCGUAUUAUGUUACGGCAUUCAGUAUCGGUUGCCCAAACUUGCCAAGUUAAGAGUGUAUCGGUGGCUCUACUAGUGUGAACAAACUAAAUGAAGCACUUUAUUCUGUAUAGAUAAGGGAAGGUGGGGAGGGGAGGGGAAGCUUGGAUGCUUUCCGGAAGCAUCUUAAGUAAUGUUCUAGGAAAUGUAUUAUUAUUAUUACUUUUUUUUUUUUUUUUAUGACCAUGUGUAAUCAAUAUAUGUUUAUCUUUAACUCCAAGUACAGCAGUUACUCUCUUUGGGAUGGUGUAAUGAGGGGGAGGCUGAGAUGGUCGGGAUAGUGCAUCAGUGUGGGGCCAACUGGGACAAGUCGUUGCCUGCCAUAGGAGCAGGUGAGUCUUGUUUCAUUGACGGCCUCGUUGGCCAAUGUCCUGGAGGUCCCAAGAGGUGCAUCAAAGCUGCCUUCCAGGGCACAGCUCAGAGUCAGCCUUGGUACCAAGGGCCUGAGGUGCAUCCCCAUCCUGAGCCAUCUUCUGCCUGGGGGUGCUGGGGCUGCUCUCUGGGCAACCCACGAGCAAGACGAGUCACAGCAGGCUGUUUUGGGUUGUCCCUAGAGACCAGGUCUUUGGCCAUGCUCUGAAACCUGCUUUUGGCCUCUCACCAAGGCACGUCAGGGGUCACUGAGCUCUGAAAGUGGUGAGAGGUCAGAAUUGGGCCUUUCCACUGCGUUCUCCCAGUCUGGAAGUGUUAUGACUGUUACCAAAGAGGUUGCAAGUGGAAGGACUGAAUCAAUAAACGAUUUGUCUUUUAUAAAAGAAAA